AUGUCUCAGCCAAUUGCCUUGUUGUCCGUGUACGACAAAACUGGCCUUAUAGAGUUUGCCCAGGGACUCCAUGCAGCAGGAGUACGCCUCCUAGGAUCUGGAGGCACUGCGAAAAAGAUCAGAGAUAAUGGGAUCCCCAUUGAAGAUGUUUCUGACAUCACAAAAGCUCCUGAGAUGCUCGGUGGGAGGGUGAAGACACUUCAUCCUGCCGUUCAUGGUGGCAUUCUCGCACGCUCCAUCCCCUCCGACGAGCAAGACCUUAUCGCUAACUCCAUCUCCCCCAUUUCCAUCGUCGUCUGCAACCUCUACCCCUUCACAUCCACCAUCGCUUCACCAAACUGCACUCUCGCAUCUGCCAUCGAGGAGAUCGACAUCGGUGGAGUCACCCUUCUGCGCGCAGCAGCUAAAAACCACUCUCGCGUUUCCGUCCUCUCCGACCCGACUGACUAUAGUACCUUCCUCGAUGCCUGGACGUCAGGUAAGGGCGAGGUCAGUCUAGGGCUGAGGAAUAAGCUUGCACUGAAGGCGUUUGAGGUGACUUCUGCGUACGACGAGGCGAUCAGUGGCUACUUCAGGGAGCAAUAUGCCUCUGCAGAACUAGAAGGGCCAGUGGACCCUAUCCAGAGAAUGGUACUGCGAUAUGGCGCAAACCCACACCAAAAACCCGCCCAAACGUUCGUAGCUGAAGGAGAACUCCCUUUCAAAGUCCUUUGCGGUUCCCCAGGCUACAUCAACCUCCUUGACGCCCUCAAUUCUUAUGCCCUUGUCAAAGAGCUACAAGAGGCACUGAAUCUCCCUGCCGCAGCCUCCUUCAAACACGUAUCCCCAGCCGGUGCAGCCGUCGGUCUCGAAUUGGAUGACGUCGAAAAACAGGUUUAUGGAGUCGACGAUCUCAAGGAGGCGCUUACUCCCCUAGCGUGUGCGUACGCUCGAGCUCGAGGUGCCGACCGCAUGUCCUCUUUUGGUGACUUCAUUGGCCUGUCUGCUCCAUGUGACCUUGCCACGGCACGUAUCAUCUCGCGUGAAGUGUCCGAUGGUAUCAUCGCUCCAGGGUAUACGCCCGAGGCACUUGAUGUACUAAAAAAGAAGAAAGCAGGCAAGUAUUGCGUACUCCAAAUGGACCCGAAAUACACGCCCCCGGCGAUCGAGACACGUCAAGUAUACGGAAUUCAUAUGCAACAAAAGCGAAACGAUGCUAAGAUCGGGCCAGAAUUGUUCUCUAAUCUCGUGUCUCAAAACAAAGAGCUUCCCUCAGCGGCGACGACAGAUCUUAUCGUAGCGACACUUGCCCUGAAGUACACUCAGUCCAACAGUGUCGCUUAUGCUCUCCACGGCGCUAUCAUCGGUCUAGGCGCAGGCCAGCAAUCGCGCAUUCACUGUACCCGGCUCGCAGGGUCUAAAGCCGACAUCUGGUGGCUCCGCCACCACCCCCGCGUGCUCUCCCUCCCCUUCAAAAAAGGCGUGAAGCGAGCUGAAAAAGCUAAUGCAAUAGAUCUCUUCGUGGGUGGAGAAGAACUGGAAGGUGGUGAGCGCACGUCUUGGGAGUUGCUAUUUGAUUCCGUCCCGGCAGCAUUGAGCGAGAGCGAGAGGAAGGAGUGGAUAGGAAAGUUGGAUGGGGUUGCGUGUUCGAGCGAUGCGUUUUUCCCGUUCCCCGAUAACGUGCACCGGGCGAGGAGGAGCGGGGUGAAGUAUCUGGCGGCGGCAAGUGGGAGUGUGAUGGAUGCUGAGUGCAUCAAGGCCGCAGACGAACACGGGAUGGUGUUUGCACACACUGCGUUGAGACUUUUCCACCACUGAAGUUUGAGCCGCGAAUGGAGCAGUCUGGGGCGAAGAAUAUAGCUGUAAGAAUUAGAAUGUAGCCUAGGCAAAAUAGAUCACGAAAGCUCAGCUUUAAAAGGUUUCGAA